GCGCCAAUAACAUUACCUCAUUUGCGAGAAAAUAAUUUUCUAUCUCGUUAAUUAUCCAAAUUACAUUGUAAUUAUAAGUUCUUUAUUUACCGCACUUUUUGUCUUUUCGUUAAGUAAAAUUUUUUCUUUCUUCUAUCUAUGCUAUCUUUUUCGAAAAUACUAUUUUUUAAAAUCGUAAUAAAGUCAUCAUCUGAUUGUAUUAGACUAUCAAUUAUCCCAAUCUUUUCAUUAUAUUUUUCAUUAUUUUUUUCUUCUUCGUUAUAUUUUCUUAUCCAUUCAUUUUUCUUUAUUAUAUUAUUUAGCGUUUCGUACGGCUUUAACACUCCUUCUUCGUUUCUUUUCUCUAUUGUUUUGCUAAAUUCGCCUUCCAAAUAAAUCAAACAUU